AUGUUGAAAGGGAUGAAUGCAUGUCUUCAGGCACAGGGGAUCUCCAAGAUGCAACCAAAGGACGAUGCUCCUAUACCAUACUCUGUAGCAGGUCAUCGAGCUCUACUUGCACAGUGCUGUGCUACCAGUGCAUGUCCAUUUAACAUGGUCUCUGAUCCUGACUAUCUGAAGGAGGUCCAAAUGCUUCGCCCUGGAACUGCAGCUCACAGUCCCAAUACGAUCAGCCGUGAUCUCAAUCAAAUUUAUCUUGACAUGUCAAUUCAUGUCAAGAAUUACUUUAAGUCACUAAACAGAGGUCUUUACCAUCCCCCAUGA